AUGAACAUCUUCCGGCUCGCGGCCGACAUGUCGCACUUGGUGGCAAUCAUGAUUCUAUUGAUGAAGAUAUGGAAGAGCCGCUCGUGCUCCGGAAUCUCCGCUCGUUCGCAGAUUCUGUUUGCGAUUGUUUUCACGGCGAGAUACUUGGACCUUUUCACCAGCUACAUAUCCACUUAUAACACGGCUAUGAAGGUUUUGUGAAUAAGGAUAAACCAAGUUUAUGUUUUUUUUUUGAAGGUUUUCUUUCUCGCAUCGUCCUACGCGACAGUCUACUUGAUGUUGGCCAAGUUCCGCAGCACCUACAUGAGGGAGUCGGACAAGUUCCGACUGGAGUUCUUGGUCUUGCCGUGCGUCGUUCUCGCGCUGCUCAUCAACCACCAGUUCACGAUGAUGGAGAUCCUCUGGACGUUCAGCAUCUACCUGGAGGCGGUGGCCAUCAUGCCGCAGUUGUUCAUGCUGCAGGCUACGGGCUCAGCGGAGGUCAUCACUGCUCACUAUCUUUUCGCCCUGGGCUCUUACCGCGGCCUGUACCUCCUCAACUGGAUCUACCGCUACUACUCCGAAGGUUACUUCGACCCCAUCGCCACCGUCGCCGGCAUCAUCCAGACUGUCCUCUACGCCGAUUUCUUCUACCUUUACGUCACCCGCGUCGUCCAGACACAAAAAGCCAUGGAACUGCCUAUUUAA